GGUUUAUUGUUUCGUCAACACUAUUGUUUUUUAAAUUAAUAAAAAAACCCAAUUAAAAUUAAUACAUAUCAUAGGUAAAUUUUUUCGUGUUAAGAAUCGGCUUGUUGUUUUAAGCAAAAAAUCGUUCAAUUAAAAAAAAAUGUUUUCGGAAAUUCUAGUGGGAUGUAUUACUCCAAUUUUGUUAUACAUCAUUGGUACUUACGUCAAACAUUUGUUUAAAUGCCAAAAGUUACCACCUGGACCAUUUCCUUUACCAGUGAUUGGAAAUUUACAUUUGUUAGUGAAAGAUCCACAGAGAGGACUUGAACGAAUUUCAAAAAGGUAUGGUGAUAUAUUCAGUAUUAGCUUCGGAAUGGAAAGAUUUGUGGUUGUAUGUGAUCUUGAUUCUAUCAAAGAAGUAUUAAUAGAAAAAGGUACUAUGUUUGCUGGUCGUCCAAAGUCUUAUGUAGCAAAAAUAAGCACACGAAAUUAUCAAAAUGUGGCAUUAGGUGAUUAUAGCCCGAUUUGGAUACUCAUGCAUAAAAUUAUGAAAUCAUCAAUGAGAGUUUUUGAAGAUGAAAAAGAAGCUUUAGAAAAAAUAGUGGAAAAAGAAAGUGAAGAACUUAAUAAACGUAUCUUAAAGUCUAAUUAUGUUGAAAGCAAAAUUAACGACAAAUUUGUUACUGGAGUGAUGAACGUUCUUUGUGGAAUUGUUUUUGGUACACAAUAUGAAGAAAAUGAUAAAGAACUUGAAAAAGUCAUAUCUUUUAAACAGUUAAUAUUAGAUGGAGUAGCAGAUACAUUCGCAAUAUCUUUUUUGCCGUGGUUAAGGUUUUUUCCUUCAAACGGAUUAAAGAAAGUACGAAAAGGCGUGUUGAUAAGAGAUAAACUACUUAGGUUUCAAUUAAAAAAACAUCGAGAAACAUACAAUCCAGUUCAAAUAAGAGAUUACACUGAUUACGUACUUAAAUACUCAAAAGAGUUCGAAACUUCAAGAAACAUAGAUGAGCAGUUAAGUGAAGAUAAUAUGGAAAUGAUGCUUCAGGAUAUUUUCAUUAGUGGUAGCGAAACAACUAUAUCAACACUUCUUUGGUUUGCUGUUUAUUUAGUUAACUGGCCAAAGUAUCAAGAUGAUAUCUAUGAUGAAACUAUUAAAAUAGUCGGUAAUGAUAGGUAUCCUAGUCUUUCAGAUCGUCCAAAGCUUCAUUUAUUUGAAAGUGCUAUGAAAGAAACUCUGCGUUUGUCGUCUGUCAUUCCAUUAGGUUUACCUCACAGAAGUCUUGAAGAAACCAGCAUAAAAAAAUUUAAAAUUCCUAAAAAUACAAACGUAAUGAUUAAUCUGUGGCAGUUGCACCAUGAUAGUAAAUCUUGGAGUGAUCCUCAUACAUUUAAUCCAUAUAGAUGGUUAAAUGACAAGAAUAUCUUUGACAAAAGCAAAAACCCAAACUAUCUUCCAUUUUCAACCGGAUUAAGAGCCUGCUUAGGUUAUCACACAACCGAAUCCAUCAUUUUUUUGUUUUUUACCCGAUUGAUAAGAGAUUUUAAUCUUUGUUUGAAACCUGGCGCAUCUACUCCAAGUUUAAACGGUGUUUUGCGAGUAACCUUAACUCCUGAUACGUCAUACAUUAUUCUAAAACCGCGAUCAAACAACUUGAUCAGCCAAAAAAUAGAAGCGUAAGAAAAUUAAUUUUAAUUUGUUGGAAUUUAAAGCUGAAAUUGAAACAUCUCUUGGAAAAAAUUUUUUACAUUAAUAAAAAAGUUAUGUUUAUGAAAACAAAAAGUUAUGAAAUUUGUAAUUAAAUAUAAGUUAUAAAGUUGUAAAACUGAAUGUCUUUAAUGUUUUUUAUUUUCAA